AUGGGUAGAAGAAUUAAGAUAAAGAAAAUAGUAGAGAUGAAGAGACGUCAAGUCGCAUAUUCUAAGCGGCGCACUUGUUUACUAAAGAAGGUGAAAGAGAUUGCAAUUUGUUGUGACGUGGACGUGGUGUUUGUCGCGUUCUCGCCUGCUAAUCGGCUCAGUAAAUUCUGUAGCCAAAAAAGAAUUAAAGACAUGCUUCAGCGCUAUAUUGAGCUUCCGGUUGAGAGGAGAUUGAUUCACAUGGCUGAUGUUCAGAUGGAAUUGGAGAAACAAGAAAAGAUGGAUGUUCACUUUGUUGCACAAAAAACAGCUCCUCACCAGUUUGAUACUAAUAAUUGGAUUAAUCCAUACAGUUCAAAUAUCCAGGAGAGCAUACUUCAAGAUUGGAUGAAUGUAGGGAAGGGAAUAGCAAAUAGUUCUGGAAAUUACGCAUAUAGCCCUUCCUUUCCAAGUUCUUCACAAAAUCGGAGUAUACCAUUUUUUCAAAGCCAAAACUUGUCACCCUAUAUUCCGUUGCAGAGUCAGGAACAAAACAUGAUGGUAGAUUCCCAGCAGAAUCCAACACAAAUAUUUGGACAAUCACAGAGUCAGGAACAAAACAUGAUGGUAGAUUCCCAGCAGAAUCCAACACAAAUAUUUGGACAAUCACAGGCACAAAUGACUUUUGGUGAAAGUACUGACAACUCUCUCUUCAACUUCUGGCAAAAUAUUUGUGAUUCUACAAGGUCUGUCUCCUGCACACAAUUGAACAAUACCUUUCAAUUAGGGUUGGAGAAUGACAAUACAACUUGGAACAACAAUUUGAAUAAUUCCUCCUCGUUUGGUUUGGAGAAUGCCCAUUCAAAUUGGAAUAAUAACAUGAGUAACAACAACAAUUACACCAAUGAAUAUAAUGAUCCUCCUUCAGUUCAAAAUGAUGCAAUAACUCCUAAUGUUAAUGGAUUUAACUAUUCCAUGGAGGAGAAUACUAUGGGAAAUAUUGCUGAAAGUACUACACAUGAGAAUGAUGCAUGUGAAUGGGAAGUUUUCCUCAAUGAAGCUUUCAAUGGAGAAGACUUUUAA